GGGAGAUUCUACGGAUCACAUGACGAGCCCAAAAGGACUAUUUUUCCCGCGCUGGGAGCUGUGACAGUUGAGCGUUUGGAUAAACUGACGUCAAGGAUCCCUGCACCCAAAGUGUAAAUUCGAGAUUUAUCGGUUAUCAAUUUACCGAAUCCAGCCAUCCUUGUUUCUUUGUUCGACCAGUCUAUUCCGGCCUCUGUCCACUCUGCGUAUCAGUAUCACUUAGCAUCUUACUCUUUUGUAUUUUUACUGUAUCUGCAUGCCUUGCGGUUGUCGUUCAUAGCCACCAUCUCUCUAGCUUCGACAUCUGCUACUGGUCGUGUGCUUUCGGCGACUGAGCUGGCAACAGCCUCUACAUCUACCCCGAAAGCCUGCAAUUUCUUCAACACUCGAGCCUUUGAGAAUUUUAUGAACAGAGCAUGGCGGUAGUGGCAGAUCCCGGCAGCGGCAAUAUCAAGGUCGUUGUUCGCGUGCGUCCGUUCAACAAUCGAGAACGGGCCCGGAAAGCAAAAUGCGUCGUUUGUAUGGAACAAGAUCAGACUAUUGUUACAUCGGAGGAGCCUCCUGCAGCAAGCACGCCUACAAAGUCGAAAGGUGACCGAACAAGGGUCUUCAAAUUCGACAAGAGUUAUUGGAGCUUCGAUACCACCGGUGGAGAAUACGCGGGACAAGAACAAGUUUUCACGGAUCUUGGACAGCCACUACUCGAUAAUGCCUUCCAGGGGUUCAACAACUGCAUUUUCGCUUAUGGACAGACUGGCUCUGGAAAGUCCUAUUCAAUGAUGGGCUCUAGAGACGACCCAGGCGUAAUACCGAGAAUUUGUGAAGCCCUGUUCAGUCGCAUCAAUGAACUCUCCACCGAGAAUGGCACCCAGUUUACCGUCGAGGUUUCAUAUCUCGAGAUUUAUAAUGAGAGAGUGAGAGAUCUACUCAAUCCGAAAAAUCGAGGGAAUCUACGAGUCAGAGAGCACCCAUCGCUGGGCCCCUACGUUGAGGACUUGUCACGCUUGGUAGUCAGUUCGUUUGCUGAGAUUGAGGAGCUCAUGGAUGAAGGAAACAAGGCUCGCACAGUGGCCGCAACCAAUAUGAACGAGACCUCAUCCAGAUCGCACGCAGUUUUCACCUUAACAUUGACGCAGCAUUUCAACGAUGCUGUUACUGGACUGUCCUCCGAGAAAGUAUCAAGAAUGUCUCUGGUCGAUCUAGCUGGUUCUGAGCGAGCGUCUGCGACUGGUGCGUCUGGUAGCAGAUUGAAAGAAGGCACGGAGAUCAACCGCUCGCUGUCAGCGCUUGGCCGAGUGAUUCGUACGCUUGCCGAUGUAUCUAGUGGGAAGAAGCAACGUGACUUGGUGGUUCCGUAUCGAGAUUCUGCACUGACAUGGCUAUUGAAAGACUCUCUGGGAGGCAAUUCAAUGACUGCUAUGAUUGCAACCAUAUCCCCCGCUGAUAUCAACUACGAAGAAACAGUAUCCACCUUGCGCUAUGCUGACUCCGCGAAACGGAUUAAAAACCACGCAGUUGUUAACGAGGAUCCCAACGCUCGUCUGAUCCGGGAGUUGAAAGAGGAGCUGUUGAUUUUGAGAACAAAGUUGGGAAGCGGUGAGGAUCGUGGAAGCUCAGAUAGCCAGGAAGCUGGUGACGACAGCUCUGAUCGGAUGGUCACAAUCACGGCGCCUGAUGGAACCGUAAGAAAAGUCUCAAGGGCAGAAAUAGCUGAACAACUGAAUGCCUCUGAAAAACUGCUGAAGGAAAUGAAUCAGACUUGGGAAGAGCGUUUGGAGAUGACCAAGAAGAUUCAAAAGCAGCGAGAGGCCGCUCUGGAAGAGAUGGGAAUCAACGUUGAAAAGGGGUUUAUCGGCCUCCAUACUCCGCGAAAUGUCCCUUUUCUUGUGAAUCUUAGCGACGAUCCCUUACUGGCAGAAUGUCUGGUGUACAACAUCAAGCAAGGGAGUACAAGUGUCGGAAAUGCUGAUAGCUCAACAACAGCUCAAAUCCGGCUUCGUGGUUCGAAGAUCCUGACAGAUCACUGUACUUUCGAGAACGAUAAUAAUAUCGUCACCAUUAUUCCCCAUGCAAACGCGUCAGUGAUGGUGAACGGGCUGCGACUCAGAGAAACCGCGAGAAGAUUACAUUCUGGAGACCGGGUGAUAUUGGGAGAUUUUCAUAUCUUCAGAUUCAGUAAUCCUCAGGAAGCUCUGCAGGAAAGAAAGAGCGGGUUUGCUGUAUCAGGCCCUAUCCGUGGACUACAGGGAUCGCUUCAGCGCACCAGAUCUUCUACGACGACUGGUAGUGGCCCGGGAGUUCAUAGUAGCUCCUCGGCUUCGGAUCAUAGUGAGAGAGCAUCUAGCGUCGCUUCAGACUACGUCGACUUCCCGUCCUUCGACGACGCAUCUAUAAGUCGAGCCCAAACGCCAGUGACCAGCGAAGAUCAGAAUGGUGGUACGAAUGACUGGUCUAUGGCUCGGAUGGAGGCUGCGAGAACGUAUCUGGGAGGAGACUCCGCGACAGUCAACGUGGGCGCGAUGACGGAUGAAGAAUUGGACAAGCUCUUUGAGGAAAUGCAAAGGGUACGAUCGAUAAGGAAGGGUCGGUCUGACUCGAUGUCCGAAGCGUAUGACGGAGACACAGACUCGUUAUUUAGUUUUGGAUCUCCGACUACGUCUUCACAGAGUAAGCUCAGGUCUAUGCAGUCAGCUUCCGAAACUGCGGAAGACCCUUUCGUCUCUCCGAGUCCCACGUCUGGGAUUGUGAAUGCUGCUGUUCCCGAGAGUUCUUUAUUUGCAAAGCUCAGCCAGGGACAUGCAUCCGAUGCUAGGGGUAGACCAACAAGUGCUCAGCGAUCGGAUAGUGGCUCGAAGAAGCCUCAGAGACCGGAGACGGCGUCGACCAAAUCCCCGCCCGAAAAAACUGAAACAACGAAGGACGUUCGAUCUGCGUCUAGAGAAUCGUCUACGACAAGCACAUAUCAAUCUAUACAUAGCCAAUUUCUUCCGCAGUCUUCGUUCAUGCUGCGGCGCAACCCGGUAUUGUCAGACGACGAGAAGAAAGUCGCCAAGAAGACAAUCAAUAGGUGGAUGCGGCGAGGGAGUCUGCGAAUGGCCGACUCCAUUUAUCGACAUGCUUUGCUAUUGAAGGAGGCACAGAUUAUGAGCAACGAGCUUGACCAAGGGCUGCGAUUCCAGUAUAUGGUUGUGGACGAGGGAUUUGUUUCGACAUCGCCAUACGAUCUAGUUCUCAACGACGCCGAACCGGAAGAGGACAGUUUUAUCUCGAAGGCCUUGAAGCCGUGCAUUGGUGUACGCGUAACCGACUUUCGCAAUGAGACAAUCAAGGUGUUCUCGAUCGAAAAGCUAGAGAGUAGAGUGCGUGCCAUGCGAAAUAUUUACAACGAGUCUCCGAUGUACUCGGAGUUGCAGUCCUCUCCCAAGGCAAAGAAGUUUCCGUUUUCCGAUACGUUUAAUUGCAAAUACUCCUAUGUGGGCGAAGCCUACGCCUCGAUGGCGGGUGUGAUUCACGGCAAGGUUUCUGAGAUUUCGGCAGAGAUAAUAUCGCCGUACACCUUGAGCGUGAUUGGAAUAAUCAGCCUUGAGCUUCGUCCGCCGGAGGAGAAAUCAGAAGACCAGUCGCAUGAUUUGGCGGUCAUUGCACAUCUUCGGUCGAUUGCUGGAUUUUCAGAGCGCGAGUUUACGGACGUUCAUGUACAGAUGCUUCUGCCUGGCAGCAGCUACCCUUACUCUUCCAACAGCGGUGGGAUUUCAACUAGUCCAGUCGUUUCUGGUUUCGGUGAAGAUGGACCGGUGGUCAUUGAUAGUCAGCAUCGGAUUACUGUCAGCUCGCUGCUCGCAGAUAGCAGCAUCAGCCACGGUGGUGUGAACUCAUCUCUGUUGAGACUGAAAGUAUUCGCAAAGGUCACCAGUACGCACUUGGAGAAGCUGGAAAGCUGGGAUGAUAUGCAGGAGUCAGAGGUUGAUGUUAACAGCAAAUUGCGAGAGGGUGCUAGCAUUCACUCCGAAAGCUUUGCUGACGACUCGUCGAUGGUGCAGCAGCAUGACUCGUUCGUGAAAAUCCAGAUGCUCGAACUGUCUGACGACGGGUGCUACGAGCCUGUCGAUAUCUUGCGCGGAUAUCAUGAAGAAAAAGGAGUUUUGUAUCUGCAUAUUGGCGUGCAGAAGCAAAUCCGGCUAUCGAUCACGCAUUCGUCCGGUGAUACGUUUGACUGGUCUGAUCUCUCAAAGCUGUCUGUCAGUAACAUCCGACUAUUUGACUCUCAGACGGAGACACUGAGCGAGUCUGAGAGCAAAGUCGAUAAAGUCGAGCUCAGAGUCACGAACAAGCCCAAAACUAUUGCGAACGCCGACGGAACGCGAACAGUGACUGUGGUGGGACAGUGGGACUGCAGCGCUCAUUCUUCUCCGUUUUUGGAUCGCACUACGCCAGACAAGCACAGAAUAGUAAUGAGUGUCAACUGGACGGUGUCAACACCUUCGGUCACGUCUCCUGUUGAAUUCACCACGAAUCUAGUAGGAGUCAUGCUUGGACGUGCAGCGCGAGGCCCGUCUAGGUUCUCUUUGAUGUGGGCGUCUACAAAGCUAAUGCGGUCGUAUGUGGCAUUAUUCCAGGUCCGACUAAGACCAUAUAAUAAUAUCGGCAGCGAGAUCUCAAGUGCUCGAAGCACUUAUAUCAGUGGAGAAGAGUAUCUUGGAUUAUGGAAACCUCGUGGAUUGUCUUUGGUGGGCCAGUAUAUCAGGGCAAUCGAUCAAAGACAGAGAGCCGUUGAGCUUGGUCAUACGGUAUCGACACUGUCGUACAUCAAGUUCAAAAAAUACGACGCAUCAGCUCACAGUGCCCAAAGUCAGGAGGUGACGGAUUCUUCGGAGGACUUGGCGCAGGAAGUCGCGCAGGUCUUCACGUCUCAUGAGACUGAAGUGAUACAAAGGUCACUGAAGCUGUGGAAGCGGAAGCCUGGUUACGUCGAUGAACAGAGUGGGGUAUCUACUCUACCAGUGUCAUCUAUGUCGAAGCCAAGUGCAACAAAAUAUGUUGCCGACGUACGCCAGUUCCAGAGAAGUGUAAACGUCGUCAAAGACGGCUACGCAUACGCACCGGAUGACGCCAUGCAGUCGUGGGUGCGACGAUAUCUCGAGCUUCGUCGACCGUACCUGCACAUCUACAACGCUUCAGAUAUGGAGGAGAUCUUCGCCAUCAACAUCACCCAGUGCAAGAUCAGUUGCAAGCCCGACCUUACUCCUGAGCUAGAGAGCCGAAAUCCUUACAAUGAAGAAAACACUUUUGUUGUAUUUUCCGAGAACGGCAUGCAUCUUUUUAGUGUGAAGUCGCACUCUGAAAUGAGCGAGUGGGUGCUCAAAUUGAGUCAAAGUUUUGGGAGCGAAGUGCAAAGCGUGAUUGAGUAAAUAUUUGCUAUUUUUGGUAGCUGACUAUUGUAUUCUGCGGUUUUUGCUUUUGGCUGUUGUUUGUAAGAUUAUGGUUGAUACCGGAGUCAU